UACCAACGCUACAUGGGAGGUGUGGAUCGGCAUGACCAACUGCGGCUACAAGCAUACUCGUUGCAGUUGUCUGUAAGGUUCACCAAGUACUACAAGAGUCUAUUCCUCGGUCUUGUCGACAUGGCCCUAGUCAACGCCUACAUCGUCUACAAAAAACUAUGUGAGAGAAAGCCCCACAAGGACUCGCACUUCAACUUCUUGGCAAAGCUUCACAAGGAU